AAAAAAUUUAAAAGAAGAAAAGCCACACAGAUCUUCACGCUUUCGGUCUCCCUCAGCACCUCCCCCUCUGAUCGGAUAUUUCCCCGUCGCUCUCUUCAGCUUUGCAGUCGUCUCAGAUUGUGAAGCUUGAAGAUCUGAAUGGAGGGAGUUGGGGCCGAAAGCGCCUCGGCGGCGUCGCCUGUGAACAAGUGGAUAUAUGAUGUGUCGAGGCUCUAUCAGUACUACCUGGACAAGACGACUCCGCUUUCGGUCUACAGAUGGAUUGGGACUUUUGCUCUUGUGGUGAUUUACGCCAUGCGGGUUUACUAUCUUCAGGGGUUCUACAUUGUUUCAUAUGGUCUCGGGAUUUACGUUCUGAAUCUUCUGAUUGGAUUUUUGUCUCCAUUGGCUGAUCCGGAGAUGGGAGCAGGUUCGGAUGGGCCGUUGCUUCCGACAAAGGGUUCUGAUGAGUUCAAGCCUUUCAUUCGCCGACUUCCUGAGUUCAAGUUCUGGUACUCCUUCACAAAGGCUUUCUGCAUUGGUUUUGUCAUGACCUUCUUCUCUGCAUUUGAUGUGCCUGUCUUUUGGCCAAUACUACUCUGUUACUGGAUUGUUCUUUUUGUCCUGACAAUGAGGCGCCAAAUUGCACACAUGAUCAAGUACAAGUAUGUUCCAUUCAACCUUGGGAAGCAGAAAUACGGCAGCAAAAAACCAUCUGCAGGUAGCAGUGGCAGGAAUGAUUGAAGCACAACUGUUGCGUAACUAGAGCAUAUAUCAGUGACUGAUGUGGAGUCGUAGAAGAAAAAUUAGGCAUUGUGAAGAUUCAUGAUAGUAGAAUUUUUCGGUUCGGGGAAGAACAUUCAUGUAUGGAUUUCGUUAUGCCUUCACAUACCUAGGGUUGGAUUAUGUGUGGCCUUCUAUCGAUAAACGCAUUAAAUUCAGCUAAAUUUUGAGAUGUCUUCCAACGUAUAUCUGCAUGGAAUACUUCACUCUCCUGAAUCUAUUCAUGGAAAAUUUCUUGCA